AGCAUGUUGGAAGAAGAUAAGGAUGAGACAUGUUGGAAUAACCUGGAGAACUUCCGGGUGAAGCUGAUCUCAGUGAUAGAUCCUGCCCGUAUAACACCUUAUCUUCGGCAGUGCAAAGUGAUCAGCCACGAUGAUGAGGAGCAAGUUCUUAAUGACCCCAGCCUGGUCAUGCGCAAGCGGAAGGCAGGUGUUCUUCUGGACAUUCUGCAGCGAACGGGACACAAGGGCUUUGAGGCGUUUCUGGAGAGUCUUGAGCUUUAUUAUCCACAACUGUAUAAGAAAGUAACUGGCAAGGAACCCAGCAGGGUGUUCUCUAUGAUUAUAGACACCGCUGGGGAAUCGGGCCUGAGCCAGCUCCUCAUGAAUGAGAUCAUGAAGCUGCAGAGCAUGGUGCAGGAGGAGCGGCGGAAGGCGCAGGAGCUCACCGUGUGGCUGCACACCAAAGAGGACACCAUCAGGGAGCUGUGGGUGAGGGACAGCCUGCUCCGCAAGCACCAGGAGCGGGCACAGAAGAUGAAGGAAGAGAGGGACAGCCUGAGCAAGGAGCUGCGGAAGUGCAAGGACGAGAACUACAGCCUGGCAAUGAGCUAUGCCAGACAGAGUGAGGAGAAGAGCACUGCCCUCAUGAAGAACCGGGACCUGAUCCUAGAGAUCGACCACUUGAAGCACAGCCUCAUGAAGGCUGAAGAUGACUGCAAACUGGAGCGUAAGCACACAAUGAAACUGAAGCACGCCAUAGAGCAGCGUCCAAGCCAUGAGGUGAUGUGGGAGAUCCAGCAGGAGAAGGAGUUGCUCUUGGCCAAGAAUCAGGAGCUGGAGAACACUCUCCAGGAGGUUGCCAGGGAACAGAACUUGGAGAAGAGCCUCUCCAAGGAGACUCUGGAGAAUGACUGUAGCCAAAUCCUAGAAGGACGCCGGGAGCUGUUGAACACCAUCUACAGCCUUCGCAAGGAGCUGCGGCGAGCCGAGGUGCUCCAAGACAAAUAUGCAGAGGAAAAGGAGAUGCUUGAACUCCAGUGCACGUCUCUGAGGAAGGACUCCCAGAUGUAUAGAAAACGGAUUGAAGCUGUCUUGAAGCAGAUGGAGGAAGUGGCUUCAGAAAGAGAUCAGGCACUCCUGACCCGAGAACAGUUCUAUGUGCAGUACUCCAAGAACCUGGUCGAGAGGGACACUUACCGCAAGCAGAUCCGGGAGCUGGGGGAGCGCUGUGACGAAAUGCAGCUGCAGCUCUUCCAAAAGGAGAGUCAGUUACUGGCCGUGGAAGCCAAGCUGAAAAGGCUGCAGCUGGAGUUACCCACACCGACCUCUGACCUGGAUGAUGCCUCCUCCAGAGAUUCCCAGGAACUUACUCUUCACGGUCACCUAGAUGAAGACACACAGCCAGCUAAAAAAGACUGUCCUGAAGGACAAAGCCAGCAAUUUAGCACUCAAGAGAGCAGUCUGCCUCCAAAGUCACCAAGUUUCAAGAACUGUGUUUUAGCCAACGAGGAACUGGCAGAAAAGGAGCGGAGGAGGAUGAAGGACUGCUUUGAGCGUUACCAAAGGAAGAGAGCGCUGCGGCGGGCACCGAAGGGCCGGCACCGCGACGCCGACUGCGAG